AUGGUUCGAGCGAUUGCCAGUCGUCCGGCGCUGGGAAGUUUUCCUUCAACCGAUUACGCAGACCUCUUGAAGACAGGCAUCCUCAAGGCCGCACCAAAGGGGCUCAACCAGGUCUUCACGGCGACAACCGGUUCGGAUGCCAACGAAACAGCGUACAAAGCAGCAUGCAUAUGGAAAGGAACCCUUGAGCGUGGCGGUGCGGAAUUCAGUGCCGCCGAGAUUGAAUCAGUCAUGUUGAACCAAGCACCCGGAGCAAAGAAGUACUCGAUCAUGUCGUUCGAGAAGGGCUUCCAUGGCCGCCUCUUUGGCAGCUUGUCGACCACCCGAAGCAAGCCUAUCCACAAACUGGAUGUACCGGCGUUCGAUUGGCCUGUCGCGCCAUUUCCUCAGCUGAAAUAUCCCUUGGAACAGUUUGCCGCUGAAAAUGCCGCAGAGGAGAAGCGGUGUCUUCAGGAAACGGAGCGCCUCUUGGACGAGGCAAAGCAGACGGUUGCAGCUAUAGUGGUCGAGCCUAUUCAGUCGGAAGGCGGCGAUAACCAUGCUUCACCAGCCUUCUUCCGCGGUCUCAGAGAACUGACCAAGCGUAAGGGUGUCCUGAUGAUCGUCGAUGAAGUCCAAACGGGCGUGGGAGCCACUGGUAAGUUUUGGGCACAUGAGCACUGGGACUUGCCGUCACCCCCGGAUAUGGUAACCUUCUCCAAGAAGGCCCAGGCUGCGGGCUUCUACUUUGGCGAUGCAAGCUUGAGACCGGAUAAGCCCUACCGCCAGUUCAACACAUGGAUGGGUGACCCUGUCCGGGCGUUGCUAUUCAAGGCCAUCUACGGAGAAAUCGAGAAGCAUGGUCUUGUCGAGCAGACGGCCAAGAUCGGAGGGCACCUAUUUUCCGAGUUGGAAAGUUUGUCGCUCAAGUACCCGCGGCACGUUCAGAACCUCCGGGGCAAGGAUCGUGGAACAUUCAUCGCCUGGGACUGCCCGCGAAGGGACGAAGUGCUGGCGCUUGCAAAGAGUCAUGGCGUCAACAUGGGCGGUAGCGGCGAUUCUGCGAUUCGGCUGCGGCCAAUGCUCAUUUUCCAGAAGAAGCAUGGUUACAUCGGCGGUACUGUUCUGUCACUGCUGUCGAAGUCGCACCCUGAAUAUGCCAUCAGAGCACUCGUACGCGACAGCGCGAAAGGAAAGCUCAUUACUGGCACUUUCAAGAAUGUGGAAGUAGUCGCUGGAGACCUCGACAAUGACACUGUUUUGUCCCACGAAGUUUCCAAUGCCGAUGUUGUUCUUCAUUUGGCUUCCACCAGCCACCUGAAGAGCGUCGAGACAAUUCACAAAGCGCUUUCUUCAAGAGCGGACCAGAAGCCAUCCCACUGGAUCCAGGUUUCCGGUGCUAGUGUUCUAGCUGCCGCAGAACUCGCCGACAAGAACCGUACCCCUGGUGAUGGAAGCGAUCUCGUAUUCAACGAUCUCACUGGGAUUGCCGAAAUCCGUUCCAUCAUCCAGCGUCAUCCGAGCCGCGCCGUCGAUAACUACAUCCUCAAGGUCGCCGCCGAUGAACCGAAAAUCAACACGGCACUCGUUUUCCCUCCCAUCAUCUACGGCAAGGGCCUCGGUCCUGCCAACACCCGCAGCGUGCAGAUCCCUGCGCUGGUCGAGGCAACAUUAAAACGCAAGCGUGGUGUGCAGGUCGGCAAAGGAUUGAGCCGAUGGGGCAAUGUGCACGUUGAGGAUGUGAGCCAACUGUUUGCCAAGCUGGUUGAGAAGGCGGUUGAGGGGAAGAGUAAUGCGCAGGUUUGGAACGAGAACGGAUUGUACCUCACGGGUGUCGGAGAGAUUUCCUUUGGAGAGAUUUCCAAGCUUGUUGCUACUGCCGCCUCAAAGAAGGGACUCAUUCCUUCUGAUGAGGUCGAAGUACUUGGUCCGGAGGAAGCAAACACCGUACUUCCUCAUGGAGCGGUGCUCUUUGGAACAAAUGCUCGCAGUGAGGCACUGAGAGGAAAGGAAGUAGUUGGCUGGGCGCCGGCAGGGGAGAGUCUGCAGGAUGAGAUUCCGAAAGCCGUGGAACGUGAGGUAGAGAAAGAGACGCAGCAUAGCGAACUUUGA